GUAAUAACCAGUAGUCAUGGCUUCUUUUUGUCGAAUGUUUCGUUCUGGCUUGGCGAAAAAAGUGCUGCAAACAGCGCCUGGCCAGUCCUUCAGAAAUCUGAAUACUACAGCCUGUUCUAUGUCUGCUUGGCACUUGGGCAAAUUGAAUCAUGUGGCUAUAGCAGUGCCAGAUAUGGAUAAGGCAGCUGAUAAAUACAGAGACCUUGGAGCUGAUGUCAGUGAACCACAUAACCUCCCCAGCCAUGGAGUGACUACAGUUUUUGUGAACCUUGGAAAUUCUAAGCUUGAGUUACUUCAUCCAUUCGGGGAGAAAAGCCCCAUUCAGAAGUUUUUGGAGAAGAACAAAAAUGGCGGGAUUCACCACAUUUGUAUUGAGGUGAAAAAUAUUGAAGCCGCCAUGAAAGACGUCAAGGCAAAGGGUAUUCGAUUAUUGAGUGAAACCACUUCGAUUGGUGCUCAUGGUAAACCAGUGGUAUUCCUACACCCAAAAGACUGUAAUGGUGUCCUCACAGAGUUAGAAGAGGAAUAAGGACGUGGGACAAUGGGAAUGGGUUGUGUCUUCAUUUCUGCAGUACCAGCUUGUGGGCAUUGUUUUGUCAUCAAGGUUAGGUGAUGUUUGCCGUUUUGGUUAGUGGAUGACGUAUUAUAAAAGCUUAAGAUUAGGACAAUGACAGUUGAAUAUCAUUAUAUUUAUUGAACGAUGGAGUAUUAUUGGUGCUUGUGUAGGCCUGUCACUUACGUCAUUGACAUGCUUGAAUCAAUGGACAAAAUUUAUUUAUCAGAAUCUCAACUACUUGUGUCCUGUACAUGUAUGAAGGAGAUAACGCUUAGUAGAGCUGACUUUUGUCACAAACACCACUUGAGCAACUUCGCCAAGGUGGCCAGCAUCUGACUUUGACAUAGAACAUGUAAUCUUAUGUUAAAGUAAGGUUACCAGACUAGGAUGCACUGUUGAUGUAGUAAUGCAUGAGAAUGAUGUAAACAGUAUUUGGCGUAUUAUUUGCAAUAAAAGAUUUAACCUUA